AUGGCCCCUUCCCUCCCGGCGGACUUCUCGACAACGCCGCACGUUGUCGACUUGAGCGCGGUGCCGAUUUUCAACGGGGAGCACUUCUCCUCGUGGCGUUUCAAGCUCAAGGUGUAUAUGAUGGAGCGCGAUUUGUGGGGUUUUUUCGAUGGGUCGGCAUCGAAGCCCGCCUUGGACGCUUCAACCGCAGAGAAGGAAGCGUGGGUGCAAAAGGACAAAAAGGCGUUUGCCUUUCUUGUCUCCAAGCUAAGCCUCCAACUCGUCCCGAUUGUGAGUCCGUGCAUCGACCGUGACGGCGCGACUCGUGAAGCGUGGAAGCGACUCGAAGGAGAGCACGUCUCCAAGUCGCUUCAUAGCAAGCUUCAAGCGCGCCUCGACUUCUUCACGGUGCGGAUGAGGGACGGCGAGUCAAUGCGCGCGUACGUCAACCGCGUGGAGGAGCUUGGCGAGCGCUUGGUGGAACUCGACGCGAGCGUGGAGGACAACGAUUGGAUCAUGACGCUCCUCGCGGGCCUCGGCGAAGCAUGGUCAACGGUGAUUACCAUGUUGGAUGGGACGCAAGACACGUGGAAGAAGGAGCAAGUGGUGGCACGCCUCAUCAACGAAGAGGCGAGGCGCACGAAAUUGCAUGGCGAUGCAAUUGGCGCGGCACACUUCUCCCGCGAUGCGAAGGCGAAAGGGACGGGUCAUUUCAAGCGGCGCAACGACGGCAACAACCGCGGGAGCUCGAGCGGGAGCGCGGCGGCCUCAAGCUCAUCACGUGGAGGUGGCGAAUACACCGCUCGGGAGCUCGGCGAUUGGUUGAAAGGGCGUGGGACCGCGCAUGAGUUUUCUACGCCGUACACGCCUCAACAAAAUGGAGCCGCCGAACGCUUGAAUCGCACGCUCAUGGAGUCGGCGCGGAGUCUCCUCUCCCAUGCUCACGCGGAGAAGCAUUGGUGGGGAGAGGCGGUUACGUUGGCAACUUGGAUUCGCAACCGGUGCGUGACCAAGGCGUUGCCCAACAAGACGCCUCUUGAGGCUUGGAGCGGUACGAAGCCGGACGUCACCGACCUUCGCACGUUUGGGUGUACGUGCUACUACCAUGUCCCGGAUGCUACACGGACCAAGCUUGAGGCGAAGGCGCGGGUGGCGAUGUACUUGGGUCCAAGCGCGGAUCACAAGGGGUGGCGCGUGUGGGACUUGGAGCACGGGAAACUCGUGGUGUCGCGCGACGUGGUGUUCUACGAAGACACCUUCCCCUCCAAGUCUACGAACGUGCCCUCGGUCAUCAUCGUCCCUCCACCCUUGGAUGCCGUGGAUGAGGCGGAUGUAGCUCCUACGGCUCCUCCUCCUAGUGCGAGUGAGGGGGAGCAUGGAUCGGGAACCCUCAUCCCAACUCCAAGUUCGAUGACUACUCUCUCGUGGCGGGGGACGAUGAGGGAGGGGGAGACGCUAUGUGUCUUGAGGCGUACACCGACACCCCGUCCACCUACCACGGCGCCAUGA